AUGGACAGCCUCAACGACACAGAGAGCAUGAACAUUAGCAGCAUCAUCAGCAGCAGCAGCAGUCCAACCGAGCCGUACCAGAACCGCCUCAUCUUCCUGGUGUCUGCCUCGGUAGUGCUGGGCAUCCUCACUGUGAUGACCAUCGUGGGCAAUGUUUUCGUCAUUGCGGCGAUCAUCAUGGAGAGAAACCUGCGCACGACGGGCAACUACCUGGUGCUCUCGCUGGCGGUGGCCGACCUGAUGGUCGCCUGUCUGGUAAUGCCUCUCGGUGCCUUCUCGGAGAUCACGCAAAGCUGGACACUGGGCACCUUUCUCUGCGACAUUUGGACAUCAUUUGACCUGCUCUGCUGCACCGCCUCCAUUUUGCACCUUUUGGCCAUUGCUCUGGACCGGUACUGGGCUGUAACUUAUGUGGACUACAUUCACAAGCGCACUCCAAAACGAAUUUCCUUCAUGAUCUUCAUGGUGUGGACAGUUGCGGUCAUAGUGUCCAUUGCUCCGCUGGUCGGUUGGAAAGAUCCGGAUUUUCAGCGGCGUGUCAUCAACGAGAAACGGUGCCUCAUCUCACAAGACAUUGGCUAUCAAAUUUUUGCUACCAUUUCAACUUUUUACGCUCCUUUAAUAUUUAUCCUACUUUUAUACUGGAAAAUCUACCAAGUAGCACGAAAGAGAAUCCGCCACAAGCCAGGAAAAACGAUUACUCCAGCUUCGGAGGCAAAUCCCAAAAUCAUCGAUCUCCGAAACGAGAAAUCACUUGCCGGCAAACGGCGGCUCUUUGUGCCGGCAAAGGGCACUCGUGCAGAGAAGGGCAAAAAGGCCGGCGCCGGAGCACUGGUGGCAGCAGCGAAGAAGAACAACUACAACAACAGCGCCAAUGGCGGGGGAAAUGGCGGCAGUAAAGGAGCAGGUGGCGGGGGUAGCGGUGGUGGUGGUGGUCUACUGAACAGCAAAGCUAGAGCCAUCAUGGGCAUCAACAACAGCUCAAUCAGUCUGGAGGAGAACAACAACAACAACAGCAACAGCACCGGUGGUCGACGGAGCCAUGAGCUGGUCAACUACCUGGCCGUGUACAGUCCAAGUGGAGAGCACCAGCUAGUGAACACCACUGCUUCCUCCACGGUGGGCCGUAGCAACGGAAAUGGCGGUGGUGGUGGUGUUGGCGGUGUGAGUCGAGGGAUGUGCCAGUCCAUGGUCACCCUGGACGCCUCUCAACUGGUGGCAGUGGCCAUGGCAAGGGUGGAGAGCGCCACUGAAGGCGUCAGUGCUACAGAGUGCUGCACCUACGAUCAAAUGAGCUCAACGGAAGGAGAGAAAAAUGGCAGCAUUGCUGAGACGCCCAGCGCCAAUGGCUCAGAGGGGACGGUUGGCGACCAGGACACCGACCACGCUCACCACAACAGCGCCAGUGGUCUGGUGGAGGCGGUGGCCGCUGCGGUCGCCACAUCGACCGGUGCUGAUAAGGGCAACAACGGCAAUCAUCUGCCUAACUAUCAAAUCCACCAACAGCAGCAUCACCCACCAGCACCACUGUCAGUGCACUCCUCCAAGCAGCUAAACAGCAGUUCUGGCAACAAACCUCGUCCCUCUGGAAUGUCCACGCUGUCCAGUGGUCCGUCCUCAGCCACGUCCUCGCCUGCGGUCACCAUGACCCGCCUCAAUCACCGUCCAAUGCACGCCAUCACCGUGGACAGCUACCACACUACUUCCUCUCCGGCGUCUACCUCCUCCAAUUACCAUCUGCACACCAGCAGUACCUCCCACCAGAAUGCGGUCAGGGCGACCAAGGCAAUCAAGGAGUCCAUUGAGUCAAAGAGGGAGCGAAAGGCCGCCAAAAUACUGGCCAUCAUAACGGUCCGGAUUUUCGAAAUGGAUUCCGUCGCAUUCUCUGCGGCCGAAAGAGAUGAGGCGAAAAUGGUGGAGUGA